AUGUUCACAAUCCGGUUUAUCCGAUAUCCGAUAUCUUCUAGCUAUACACCACGGUUUAUCUACAGCCGAUUCCACAAUUUCAUCACCUCGUAUGCCAAAACUUCAAACAUCCAACCAUUCAUUCAUGGUGAAAAUGAGUUCAGAGCGAACCAACAGAAAAUGCUCAACAUCCCAACUAUUCCAGAAUAUCGAAUGGCGCCCAAAAUCAAUAUAAAUAAAGCUACUCCUGAUCAUGAAUCAGUGAAAACUAAUGUACCCAAAACGAAGUCAACGAAAUGUUCAAAAUGGGACAAUCAACUCAUAAUUCAUUACACUCAUGAGCAACGGUUCCAAAAAUACAAACGAGAUCUACACUGA